AAAACUUCAGCCCAGAAAAUUAAUGUUAGAAUCCCAAAGCAGAAGCAUGACCCAAAAAACCCUAACCCCGAAAUUAUCAUAUAAUCGGCAUUGGGCUGGCCCAUGCAAUUCAUCAUCCUAUAAAAGGGUUUAUGUUGCCGUAGCUUCGAAGCUCUCUGUUUCCCUCUGUGUAUCUAAAAGUGUAAUUUCCAUUGACUCACAGAGGGAGACACACAAAGUCCCAACUAUGCUCUCUCAAAACCAAAAGUGCAAAGCUUCUUCGGCUUCCGAAGAAGAUAAUCCCACUACCAAUAACCAGCGCUCCGAUUUCCUCGAUAUCUAUGGACCUCAAGGUAAGGCAGAAAUUAUUUUCAAGACGCCAGAUGCUAACUCAACUUUAAAUUUCCAAGAUGUUCAAGGGCUUGUAACUUGGGUGCUUGCUGAAGGAUUCUUGCCAUCAUGGGUUUUUAUUAAGAACAAGCCUCUUAUUCCAAAAGUGGUUAUGCUUUAUGUCCCGGGCCUGGAUGCAGCUUUGUACUUAUCACAAUCUAAAAUACUUCGUAGUUUUAAAGAAUGCUGUGGCAAUCCGAGGGCAGUGUUGGCUCUUAGUUGUGUAUCAGAUGGAAUGCAGACAAUAGAUGCACUCCUAACUUGCAAGCGGAAAAGAAAGAGAGAUGAAAUUGAUUCAGUAUCAAAAAAACUUAAUCUGGCUUCUGAACAAGAACGAUGUGAUACCAGUACAGAUGUUCCAUCCUGUCUCGAACUCAUGAAAGAUUUACCUUUCCCUGUUACAUAUUACACACUUACAGAGAAAGAACUAGAAGACAAUGGAUAUUGUCUCAAUCAGCCAGGUUUUCUUUCUACUCUUCCGGCUCCUUCAGGAUGUUCUUUCUAUGAUAUGUUGGCACUUGAUUGUGAGAUGUGUAUCACAAGUGAGGGUUUUGAGCUUACAAGAGUGACCUUGGUGGAUAUCAGAGGAGAGGUUGUGCUAGAUAAAUUGGUUAAACCAUCAAACACUAUCAUUGACUACAACACCAGGUUUAGUGGAAUCACAUGUGAAUUGCUAAAUGGGGUGACUACAACUCUUAAGGAAAUUCAGGAAGAUUUUCUAAAGCUGGUUUACAAAGAGACCAUCCUUGUUGGGCAUUCCUUGGAGAAUGACUUGUUAGCAUUAAAGAUCUCUCAUGGUUUGGUGAUAGAUACUGCAGUAUUGUACAAGCACCCCCGUGGUGCAUCUUACAAAACUGCUCUAAGAGUUCUUGCCAGGAAAUUUCUUUCUCAGGAGAUACAGCAGUCAGGCAAUGGUCAUGAUAGUAUUGAAGAUGCAAAAGCUACCAUGGAACUAGCACUUUUAAAGAUUCGAUAUGGACCUGAAUUUGGUUCACCUCCAUCUUACAUGCGGGAAAAGCUCCUUACAAUUUUGAGUCAGUCUGGCAAAUCCUCUUCUUUUAUUGAUGAUAUCUCCAUAGUGAAGCGAUACACCUCUGAGUUAUCCCAUGCAUUUCCUGUGUCUUCUGAUGAAGAAGCUCUAGCAAAGGCCAGAAAGGAGGUGAAGAAUGAACGGGUGCACUUUGUCUGGACUCAGUUCUCAGAACUUAAUUCCUAUUUUAGAAAACAAGCAGAGGAUGCAGAGAAAUUAAAUGGAAGACUUGCAGAGAUGAUGUCAUUGCUUACAUGUCAUAAGAAGUCUGCUAACAAAAAAGGUGUCAAAUGCAGCAUCAAGCCUGAACUAAAGGAAAUUCUAACCCGCUUGGAUGCUAGAAUCCGCAGCCUCUAUGCCACGUUACCCACUAAUGCUAUGCUUAUAAUUUGCACUGGCCAUGGUGACACAGCAAUCGUCCAUAGAUUGAGGAAAAUGCUUGCAGAGAAGAGUGAAACCAGUCUAUGCCGUGAGAAGCUGGUAAAGGUAUUGGAAGAGCUCCAGGCCCAAGCUGAGGUGGCUUUGUGUUUUGUAGGUGUGAAGAAUUGAACAUAAAAUAUAUGCACGUCUUAAAUUUGUUCUCAUGAUCUUGUAUUUUAGCUAGCAUUUACCCUAGGAGUGGGGCUUUCAAAAUUUUGAUAGAAAUAGGGCAUGAUUACAAUUGUUGGAAAAAAUUGUAAAAUUUAGUCGUGACAGGACCAGUAUUUGAUGUUCUGUCGGUGUCAACAGUGCAAGUGAUAAAAAAGUGUGUCCAAUCUCAUUUUUGCCUUCAAA